AGACUCUCGUCUUUCUUUAUCAUAAAAAACCAAACAACCCUUGUUGAAAACAAGAUUAGAAAAUGGUGUUAUUGCAAGUUCUUACAACCUUCACACCCACAAAUGUGGUAUCUCGUCCAAAAACCACACCAUUCCCCAUUGGCCGAGCAUACCUUACUAGUCCCCUUUCUCUUUGUCCCCCAUCAUCUUGUUUUAUUACUAACCCAAGUCCCGUCCUUUCGUCCACGCCUCGCCUUUUGUCAGUUUGUCCACGCUCAUCCUAUGCUAAUAACUUUUCAUGUGUUGAUCAAAUCACCGGGGUUUUAGAGAUGGAACUCAAAGUACGCGACUACGAGUUGGAUCAAUAUGGAGUUGUUAAUAAUGCUGUCUAUUCUAGUUAUUGUCAGCUUACAAAUCAUGAGCUUGGUAGAGUGAUUGGUCUAGAUGAUGAUGCGAUUCAGAAGAGUGGUGGUGCUACUUUGUCCAAAUUGUCUCUUACUUUUCUCUCACCUCUCAAGAGCGGGGACGAAUUUGUUGUGAAAUCCAUGGUUUCAGAGGUGUCAGCUGCUCGUUUGUUUUUCGACCAUUUUAUUUACAAGUUACCAAAUUAUGAGCCAAUCGUUGAAGCCAAGGCAGUAAUCGUUCUACUCGAUAAAAAUCACCGUCCUGUUCGUAUACCCGCACAAGUGAAAUCGAAUGCCAAACAAUUUAUGAGUAAUGAAAGUGCAACAAUGGAUCUUACAAAAUCAUUUGCAGCCAUUAAACGCAACAUUAAUUUUAUGAUUUAAUAAUUAAUAAUAAAUAAAUAAUUUAAAAAAAUAAUAAUAAUAAAUAAUAAAUAAAUAUAAUAAAUAUUUCCUACGUUUGCAAAUGUUCUUCUCGUUUAGAAUAUUCUAUUUUGGAAAGAGAAAUUUGAUUAAGAUUAUAAGAAAUAUAUAGAUGAUAAAUAUAUCCAUCUGGGAUCUUGUUAAAUUCGUCUUACUAUAUACUUUUUUAUCAUAUAUUUUUUAUAAUCUUUUAUAAUGUGUAUUUAGAGAUAUCGAGGCUCAAAAGUUAUUUUGAAAAUUAUGAAAAAUUAUAUGGGAAGAACAAAAAAGAACGGAGGGAGUAUCUGAUUUGUGGUAAUAUAUGUAACAAUAAUUUUAAGUAUUUGUGAUUAUAUGUAAUAUAAUUAAAGUGUUGGUGUUCAUAUGUCAUAUAAUUUCAGUGUUUGUAAUUAUAUGUAACAUAAUUUAAGUAUUUGUGUGU